AACAAAAUAGGUAAGCCAUGUCCCUUGAGCUAGUCCUCCUCAUUCUCUUCCUUGUUUUGGCCAUCUCCAUAAUCUCGAGAACGUUAAACCAUGAUCUCCUUCCUCCAAGCCCCUUAGCCUUGCCCAUCAUCGGCCACUUGCACCUCCUCAGCCCUGUUACCCACCGCUCCUUCCAGAACCUCGCAUUACGGUUUGGUCCCUUAUUCUCACUUCGCCUCGGCUCUGUCUCAUGCAUCGUUGUAACCUCACCGGAGCUUGCAAAAGAGUUCCUCAAAACAAACGAGCACGCCUUCAUAAACCGGCCUCAGUCAAUUGCAAUCAAUCGUAUCACAUACAACGCUUCGUUCGUUUUUUCACCCUAUGGACCGUACUGGAAGUUCAUCAGGAAGCUGAGCAUGGAGGAGCUCCUAAGCAGUCGUAGCGUAGACAAGUUUCUUUCUAUUCGAAACCAAGAGUGCCUUAGGCUCCUGAGAUUGUUGGCCAAGAAAGCGGAGAAUUACGAAGCUGCGAAUCUCAGUGAGGAGCUACGGAGGCUGGGCUAUAAUGUGAUGGGGAAGAUGAUGCUAGGGAAACAUUCCAGUGAUUCCUUCUGGGCAGAGGAGGCAAGGUUGUUGGUGCGGGAGGCCACAAAGAUGUUAGGGGAGUUGAAUUUGUGUGAUUUUAAUUGGGUUUGGAAGAAGUUGGAUUUGCAAGGAUUUGGGAAUAAAAUCGAGAACACGCAUAAGAGGGUUGAUAAUUGGUUAGACAAGAUCAUUGCAGAACGAGAAGAACUUAGGAAGGAACGGAAGAAAACCAAUGGAGGAGGUAAUGUUGAAGAGGAGGAGGUCAAGGAUUUUCUUGACAUUUUACUUGAUUUGUUAGACGACGAGAGCCGUGAGAUUGUGGAGCUUGGAUUUUCAAGAGUUCACAUUAAGACACUAAUUGGGGAAUUUUCUGCAGCAGGUAUAGAUCCAAUUGCCAUUUCAAUGGAAUGGGCACUAGCAGAGCUCAUUAAUCACCCAAAGGUGCUCAAGAAAGCAAGAGAAGAAAUCAAUCAGGUUGUUAAAAGUGAACGAUUAGUUGGAGAAUCGGAUGGUCCAAAUCUUCCAUACAUCCAAGCCAUCAUAAAAGAAACAUAUAGGCUACACCCACCACUGUCUUUGCUCAGGAGAAGAUCUACAGAACAAUGUCAGAUUGGUAGAUAUGUCAUCCCAGAGAACACAUUGAUAUUUGUGAACAAUUGGGCAAUUGGAAGGGACCCUAAAUACUGGGAAAACCCAUUAAAUUUUUGGCCUGAAAGAUUCUUACAAGUUGAUGGGAGGAACGGAACAAGCAAACUAGAUGUAAGAGGGCAACAUUUUGAAUUUAUUCCAUUUGGGUCUGGAAUGAGGAUAUGUGCUGGCAUAAACUUAACCAUGAAAAUGCUACCUGGAUUACUAGCAGCUAUGAUUCAGUGCUUUGAUUGGAAGGUUGUUGGAACAGAUCGUAAGAUGAACAAUAAUGUUCUUGAUAUGGAUGAAGGGCGUGGACUAACAACUCCAAGGGCCCAUGAUCUUGUUUGUGUUCCGAUAACUCAAUUCAGCCCACCAAGUAUUAUUGACUGAUGAAAUGUGGCUCGGAGAAAAUAUUAAAGAAAUCGAUGUGGAUCAAUAAAAUCAUGGUCAACUAAUAAAUGUAAUUGUCCAAGAUAUUAGAUCUAAUGAAAUAAAUUUCUACUAGU